AGGCGGAACCGGCUGAGCGAAGCCAAGUGCUUCACGGACAUUAUUUAUAGCUGGGACGGUAGUGUGGGUGGAGACUGGACCCGCCACACAGCCACAGCUGGCUAUCGCUUAGUGGGCUGGUGGCUUAAAUAAAUAGCAGAGAAGCUCCUCUGACCUGUGUCGCCGCGGCUUUCCGUCCUGCUCCCCGAUGUUUGCGCGCUGGUUGCUGCCUCUGGUCUGCGCUCUGACCGCAGAGGCCCACUUCUUCCACCUCGAUAGCAUUAGCAACGUCUCCACCUACUAUUUCAACUACUUCUACUGCAACAUCUGGGAGGGGGAGUGUCAGCCCCACCAGGAUGAUGCCACACAGCAAGUUCCUGCCGGGGAUCUCUGGCCAGGCUUUCCUCAGGACUACACCAGCCUGCUGCAUCAGUGGUACUGUAGCCUGGGCCAGUGCUGUGAGUCUGGAGACUGCAGGAUAACCAACAACAUCACAGGUUUGGCCAAAGACCUGCAGACGAAGCUCCACGGGCAACACCUGGCCCAGUCUGUGGUUCUUAAAGCUAUUCAGGGUUUCAUCAACAACCCAGAGUCCAACAAGCCCCUGACGCUCUCCUUCCACGGUUGGACCGGAACCGGUAAAAACUUUGUGGCCCGUCUCAUUGCUGACAACCUGUACCGGGACGGGGUGAAGAGUGAGUGCGUACGCCUGUUCAUCGCCCCGUUCCACUUCCCACACGCCAGACUAGUCGACACAUACAAGGGUCAGCUGAGGGAGGCCAUCCGAGAUUUGGUGCUGCGCUGCCCAGAGACUCUGUUCAUCUUCGAUGAGGCUGAGAAGCUCCACCCGGGCCUCAUCGAUGCUAUCAAGCCCUACAUGGAUCAUUAUGACAAUGUGGAUGGGGUCAGCUACCGUAGAGCCAUCUUCAUCUUCCUCAGCAACAUAGGCGGUGCAACAAUAAACGACGUGGCGCUGGACUUCUGGCACUCGGGUCAGAAUCGAGAGGACAUCGGUAUGGAGGACCUGGAGCAUCGACUUCGAGCUGAAACUUUGGAGACCCAAGGGGGGUUUGCUCAGAGUGAGCUGAUGUCAGACCACCUGAUUGACUUCUUCGUGCCGUUUCUGCCUCUGGAGUACCGUCACGUCAAGCUGUGCGCCCGAGACGCCUAUGCAGCGCGUGGUCUAGAGGCAGAUGAGGCAACGUUAGACGAGGUGGCCAAGGCGAUGCUGUAUGUCCCCAAAGAGGAAAGACUCUUCUCAGCCCAAGGAUGCAAGUCCAUACCACAGAGGAUCAACUUCUUUCUCCCGUAGGAGGAGAGAGAUGCAGCGACCUGGAGGAGGUGUUACGACUGCUUUUCCGGCCCAUCUGCAUACAGAGCCACAGAGUGUUUCCCUCGCUCUGUUCUGUGCACCCCUCCCCACACAGAUACACACGCCGUGUCCGUCCAGGUCCCUUGGAGACGGCCAGACAGCAGGGCAGGUUCAGGAUGAGAGGAGGGAACAGCCCUGAAAGGAUCAGCAGUGUUGUUGGAAACACACUCAAUCCAGACUGCUGUUAUGGGAGCCAUGGCUGCUCUCCCUUAUCUGCCUGGUUUGAGUAUUCAGUGUCUGGAUGAAGAUGUGAAGAAGUCUGUGGCUGUGAAGUGUUUGUCAUAAAACUGAUUUUCCCUUUUCACUAUUUAUAUUUGUCUCUGCAAUACAGUUACAAGUUAUGCUGGUUUUUUUAUGUAUUUUUAUCAGUUCACAUGUCAUGUGUUGGUAGCAUAUCAGAUAUUGUGCUUAUCUUGACACCUUUAUUUAUUAAUAUAAUUUGUGUCAUAGUUAAACUGUUUUACCGUGCCAUGUGGUGUCUGUGGAUCUGUUUAAAUGGACACUUAGUAAAGUAUUAAACAGACCUAAGAUCAGAUUUAAAAUUUCCUGUUAUAACCCAAAAGAACACCUCUAUUACAUUACCAUCACAGGUACUUAGCACCCAUGUAUGUGGGAUCCCACACGUCAUCCCAGUUCUUCUGUCCUACCUUCACUCACAGUUACACUUUGCGUCUGCAGCUUGCUUGUCUGCGAGGUUCGACUGAGUAUUAAAUGGUAUUGUUUUAAUAACAAAGUGGCAUGGCUAAAAUUCAAGAACAGUUGUGUAAAUGUUACUGGAAAAUGUUACUGGAAACUUGUGAGCAGCCAUGUGUGGAAGAUAAGAAGAAUCUAUAUGACGGUAAAGUUUUUAGUAAACUUAUUUUUUCCUCUGAAGGUAAACUGUCAUGGUCUUUUUAACGUGAAGUCAAACUGUAAAUUUAUUUAUUUAUUGAUUUAUUAAUUUGCUUUCACCCUGACUCUCUCUCACUCAGGUUGAUGUAAAGGCUUUUUUAAGUUGAAAUCACUUCAUGUACACAUGGGACUAUGGUAAAAAGAAAUAAAACCUUAAAAAAUUAA